AUGGGAUAUAAAGCUAGAAAUAAACAACCUCCUCCUCAGCCUCUUGAAAAACCUAAUAAGAAUAAUGGACUUUCUAGAAGAGCCAAAGCUAAAGCAACUAAACAAAAUAAAAAAGCAGCACCCACUUCAGAAGCACCUGGAAAGAAAACCAAGGCAGAACAAAAGAAACAGCAACCUGAGGAUGAUUUGUGGGAUAAUCUGGAAGUUGUUUCCGACGACGGGGAAGAUUCUGAAGUCGAUGAAGAAAUGGAUGAGUUUGAUGUGGAAGACAUCGCCUCUGACGAUGAGUUGAAUAUGAGUGAUGAAGAAGAUCAGGAGGAGGAGGAGAUUGAGGAAGUAGAUGAUGACGAAGAAAGCGACGACGACCAAGGCGAACAAAAAUAUUUCCCUAAGGCUCAAGGUGGAUUGUUUGAAUCAGAGGAGGAAGAAGAGGGGGAAGAAGAGGAAGAAGACGAAAAGAUGGCCAGUGAAGGAGAUGAAGACGAAGAUGUAGAUGAAUUCGAUAGCGACGAUUUGGGAGAGGGAGAAGCACUUGAUGAGCGAAUUUCACGUAAAAUUGAAGCUCGUGCUGCUCGUAUAGCCGCUGAAGCCGAAGCUGAAUUGAAAGAACAAGCCAACCAAGACGAAGAACUUGAGGAAGAUGAACGUUACAAAUUACCAGAAGGUGAUGAAGAGGAGUUAGUUGCCGAUAUCACCGUCGUCAGUCAACGUAUCAAAGAAAUUGUCAACGUGUUGAACGAUUUUAAACGUCUCCGUGAUCUUAAUACUGAUCGUCAAUCUUAUGUCGACCGUUUAAUUAAAGAUAUUGCCAACUACUAUGGCUAUUCUGAAUUCCUGGCUGAAAAGCUAUUCAACUUAUUCCCUGUAUCAGAAGCCAUUGAAUUUUUUGAAGCAAAUGAAGUACCUCGUCCUGUGACCAUCCGUACCAACACACUUCGAACCCGUCGCCGUGAUCUUGCUCAAGCUUUGAUUAAUCGUGGUGUGAAUUUGGAGCCUAUUGGUAAAUGGAGUAAAGUGGGUCUACAGGUAUUUGACUCUCAAGUGCCCAUUGGUGCUACACCUGAAUACCUUGCUGGUCACUAUAUGUUACAGGCCGCUUCUUCAUUUUUGCCUGUGAUGGCAUUGGCUCCUCAACCCGAAGAACGUAUUUUGGAUAUGGCCUCUUCACCUGGUGGUAAAACAACCUAUAUUGCGGCUUUGCAAAAGAACACGGGUAUGGUAUUUGCCAACGAUGCAACAAAAGAUCGUUUGAAGAGUUUGAUUGCCAAUAUUCAUCGUAUGGGUGUCAAAAACGCUGUUGUCUGUAAUUAUGAUGGUCGUGAAUUCCCCAAGGUCAUUGGUGGCUUUGACCGUGUCUUAUUGGAUGCUCCUUGUUCUGGUACAGGUGUAAUUUCUAAGGAUCCCAGUGUAAAAUUGAACAAAACCGAGAAAGAUUUCGUGGAUAUUCCCUUUUUGCAAAAGCAGUUGAUCUUGUCGGCCAUUGAUUCUGUGGACGCAAAAUCCAAGACUGGCGGAUACAUUGUUUACUCAACAUGUUCGGUCACAGUGGAGGAAAAUGAAGCAGUGGUAGAUUAUGCACUCCGUAAACGUCCUAAUGUUAAAUUAGUGUCGACUACAUUGGAAUUCGGUAAAGAAGGUUUCGUGUCCUAUCGUGGCAAGUCCUUCCAUCCCAGUGUGAAGUUAACACGUCGAUUCUAUCCUCAUGUGCACAAUAUGGACGGCUUUUACGUCGCGAAGUUUAAGAAAUUAGAUAACAAAUACGAUAACGUUAAGGAUAAGGACCUCGAGAAGGAAAAGGCAGAGAGUGAAGGAAAGGAGGAAGAAGGAGAAGAGGAAGUAACAUUCAAUGACGAAGAGGAUAAGGCUUAUAUUGAAGGUAAGAAAACCGUAGGCUGUUCAAUGCGUUCUAUUCGUAAUCGUUAUUAA